AUGCUGACUAUUGGAAGCAUAGCCUCCUCAUCGGACCACGGCAAGAGCCUUCCUUACUGUCACCGGUUCUCUCCUCUCUCUAUUCCACACUCUCUCUACUCUACCUCCCCUUCUCUCUACCUCACCGUCGCCACCAGACGAGAAGACGUAGGAGUAGCGCUGCUCAAGAUCGCGUACUGUCGUCGAGAGAGAGAGAGAAAUAGAAUCACUGGAAAAGAAGCAUCCGGUUUUCUCUCUCAAUUUUUCAAGAUGAAAAUGGAGACACUGCCUUCGACGUUUUCUUACACCAACGAGGACCAAACGAAUCUCAAGCAAUUACUCGAUGCUUUUGGAUCCGUGGUUUCUCUGGACGAUAUUGCUUCGGCCUACUGUCAAGCAGAUCGCAAUCUCGUAAUUACUGGUGAACUACUCCAUAAGAUGCAGGGAAGCACCUCUGGCACAUCUAUUUCAGUUUCACAAGAUGAUUUGGAAAGCAAAACAAGUGUGUCUUCUGAAUAUCAAAUGGAUAAUAUCCUGGAGAAUGUGUGUGUUUCUAACUCCAAGGCCAAGAAGUGUUCAGCAUCAAUGGGAACUGUGUCAUGUGUGAUUGGGAGAGAAUAUUCUAGACAUAGGUCUGUACCUAAUGAAACAUGCAAGAAGACCAAACCACUGAAAUUGAAUUCAACAGAUUUUCCAGUCUCUGAGAUUCGGGAUGAGAAUUUGAAAUCGGAUUCUACAGCAAGGAAUGAAACCCUGCAUCACGACAUUGAACAAUUUCUUUUCAAAAUGCUUGGAGAUGGCUUUCAGCUUGAAAUGGAUGUAAUUCAUGACGUUGUUGGCCAGUGUGGAUAUGACAUGCAAAUGAGCAUGAAUAAGCUUCUGGACCUCUCAGCAUCAUCAUUAGCGAAGAAAGAUGAUGUUAUUGGCAUUGAUGCUCAUAAGCAUAUGGGGAACAAUCCGGAGCUAGAAGAUAUUCUGUGUGAAGGACAACCACCACACCUCGACUCCCGUGAUAGUGAAUUACGAUUACCUAGAAGAGAGAAGGAAAAGCGUGAUCUCCAAAAAGAAGUUCUAAAGGCCCUAUUUAAUGCACCCGAAAGAAUUGAAGAGAAGCCAGAGAGAAUUCAGCCGAUUAGAGGAGACAGGCGAAGGACAACUUAUGGCCGAUUUGUGGUGAAACCGACAGAAGAGACAAGUUUAGAAAACAUUACCUUUAUUACAAGACGACAAGUUAGUAAAAGUGGUGAAAAUGGUGAGAAUAGCUAUGAGGACUUGCGCGAGGCUGUGAAGGAGUAUUGGGUUGCGAUGAAAGAAUACUACAAAGCUGCUGUUGAUGCAUUCACUGAAAAGGAUCAUGAGAAAGCACAAAAUUUUCUGCAAGAGGGACACUUUUUUAUGAGGAAGGCCCGAGAAGCAGACGAAAUAUCUGCACAAAAACUUCUUGAGGACAGUAGCACAGAAGAAGAAUUUUCUCUUAAUGUGCAUUUAUUUGAGCCAAAGGAAGCUGUUCACAUGCUGAGACUUCACUUGCCUAUUUUUUCGGGUCUUCCAUCUGUUCAGCAUCUCAAGGUUAUAGUUGGGACCAAUGAAAAAGAUGCCAAAGAAGGGCUUCGGAAGCGAAUGAUUAUCAAGCUUCUGAACCGGGAGUCUAUACCGUUCACUGAGAAUGAGAGUGGCAAGAUAAUUGCCAUCCGGGUUGAUGAGAUUAAUCCAGAGAAACUAAGUUUUGCUAAAAAAUCGUAA